AGAACCAACAGCUAUCUGUCGUUGGUGCAGGACAGUUGUAUGCAGCAGAGCCCAGAGUGACAUUGAGACCUGCGUCCAUUACUGAAUCUAUUAUUAGUUCAUCAUUAACUUAAUUCCUCUCAGUUCAACUCUAACUGUCUGCUCAGGAUGGCACAUGAUUGGCAGGGAGGUAGAAGUAGGAGUCACCAACGAUAUGAGGAAGAUGAUGAAGAACCCCAGCCAGUGUAUAUUGGUGUUCCGUUAACGCACGGUUACAGUAAAAGGAGACGGCGUAAACACCGCUCCCAACACGAGAAACAUCACACCCACCAUGACCAACACACACAGCACGAACACACACACCAUGACCAUCACUAUGACAACCAGGAACACUAUGAAGAUGAGGAGGAGAUGGAACAACAUGACAUAUUUCACCCUGACUCCACAGUGUCCCCGGCGGCGGAGAGGCUGCGUUACAUCCUGGGUGAAGAUGAUGACUUGCCGACGCCCACUCUGUUCACAGAGAUGGACACACUGCAAUACGAUGGAGACGAUAUGGAGUGGAAAGAGUCUGCUAGGUGGGUGAAGUUUGAGGAGAAGGUGGAGGAGGGAGGAGAGAGGUGGAGUAAGCCCCAUGUGUCCACCUUGACCCUCCACAGUCUGUUUGAGUUGAGGACCUGUAUACAGACUGGCAGUGUACUGCUGGAUCUGGAGGGAUACUCACUGCCAGAGAUAGUGGAUGACAUUGUGGAUCGCCAGAUAGCUGAUGGUCUCAUUGGUCCAGAGCUGAGGGAGAAGGUCAGCUUCGUGUUGCUACGGAAACAUCGCCACCAGCAUAAGAAACCCAUGCAUCGCUCACUAGCCGACAUGGGCAAAUCAAACAAUUGCCCCGCCAGCCGUAGUCCCCAGUCUGUUCAUAAUGCCAGCCGUACUAAUUUCAGUCGUAGUCCUAGUUCAGCCUCUGGCCUCCAUCGUUCUACAGAAGACCUACGUGCCAAGUCAGGCAGCCUUGCCCGCCUGCAUCAUGCGCAAAGCCGAAGUAUGAACGACAUUUCAGACACACCAAGCACAGACCAGCUGAAGAACAAGUUCAUGAAGAAGAUUCCUCGUGAUGCCGAGGCGUCUAACGUUCUGAUUGGAGAAGUGGACUUCCUGGACAAACCAUUUGUAGCGUUCGUACGUCUGGCCCAAGCUACCACACUGGGAGGCCUGACCGAGGUCCCCGUACCUACCAGGUUUCUGUUUGUCUUGCUUGGUCCUCAUGGCAAAGGCAAGUCCUACAACGAGAUUGGUCGAGCCAUUGCUACGCUCAUGGUGGAUGACUUGUUUAGUGAUGUGGCGUAUAAAGCCCGGGACCGGGAUGACCUGAUCGCUGGGAUUGAUGAGUUUCUGGAUGAGGUCAUCGUUCUGCCACCAGGGGAGUGGGACCCCAAAAUACGUAUCGAGCCCCCCAAGAAAGUCCCCUCUGCCGACAUGAGGAAGUCUGUGCUGAACCUGAACGAGCUGGGUCAGGUAAACGGGGCGGUCGGGGGGGCAGGAGGAGGAGAGGACGAGGAGAUGCCCGCCCCCCACGAGCUGGGAGAGGAACUGCAAUUCACUGGCAGGUUCUGUGGAGGCCUGUGGCUGGACAUUAAGAGGAAGGUUCCGUGGAUCCUUAGUGAUUUCUCCCAGGGAUUCCACAUCCAGUCCAUCUCUGCUGUGCUGUUCAUCUACCUGGGCUGCAUCACUAACGCCAUCACCUUUGGAGGCCUGCUGGGAGAUGCCACAGACAACUACCAGGGUGUGAUGGAGAGUUUCCUAGGUACAGCGUUAGCAGGUACAGUGUUCUGUCUGUUAGGAGGUCAACCUCUCAUCAUCCUCAGUUCCACUGGACCCAUCCUCAUCUUUGAGAAACUGCUCUACGAGUUCUGCAAGUCUAACACUAUAGAUUAUAUGGAGCUGCGUCUGUGGAUUGGUCUCCACUCCUGUCUGCAGUGUCUGAUCCUGGUCGCCACGGACGCCAGUUACAUCAUCAAAUACAUCACACGCUUCACUGAGGAGGGCUUCUCCAGCCUCAUCUCCUUCAUCUUCAUCUCUGAUGCCAUUAAGAAGAUGGUGGGAUCCUUCAAGUACUACCCUAUCAACCGUGGCUUCAAGCCUGACUACGUUACCUCAUACAAGUGUGAAUGUAUCGCACCAGACCAGGUUCCACUAGCGGACGAUAACAUGACUGAUUUGUAUAACAUAACAGGUCUGGACUGGAGUCAGCUGAGUAAGAAGGAGUGUGUGAAGUAUGGCGGCACCCUGUUGGGAAACACCUGUAAGUACGUCCCUGACCUGGCCCUCAUGUCCUUCAUCCUGUUCUUCGGGACCUACUCCAUGACCGUCUCACUCAAGAAGUUCAAGACCAGCCGGUACUUCCCCACCAUGCUGAGGAAGCUGAUCAGUGAUUUCUCCAUCUUCAUGUCAAUCAUGACGUUUGUGGGUCUGGAUAUGCUUGUAGGGCUGGACACACCCAAACUAAUCGUACCCACAGAGUUUAAGCCGACGCGUCCAGACCGUGGCUGGUUGGUGAUGCCGUUUGGUAAGAACCCGUGGUGGGUGUACGUGGCCAGUGCCGUUCCUGCUCUCCUGGUCACCAUCCUCAUCUUCAUGGACCAACAGAUCAGCGCUGUCAUCGUCAACCGCAAAGAGAACAAACUCAAGAAAGGUUGUGGGUACCAUCUGGACCUGUUCUGGGUGGGUAUUCUGAUGGCAGUGUGUUCCUUUCUGGGCCUGCCCUGGUACGUGGCUGCCACUGUCAUCUCCAUCGCCCACAUCGACUCUCUGAAGAUGGAGAGUGAGUCCAGCGCCCCAGGAGAGCAGCCCCAGUUCCUGGGAGUCAGGGAACAGAGGUUGACGGGUAUUCUGGUGUUUGUCCUAAAUGGAGUCUCCAUCUUCCUAGCUCCUGUCCUGCAGUACAUCCCCAUGCCUGUUCUCUACGGUGUCUUCCUUUACAUGGGAGUGGCCUCACUUGCUGGAAUACAGUUCUGGGAACGUAUAAAGCUGUACCUGAUGCCAGCCAAGCACCAGCCAGACUUCUCCUUCCUGCGUCAUGUUCCUCUGAGGAGGGUUCACCUGUUCACCCUGGUCCAGAUCAUCUGUCUGGCUGUCCUCUGGAUCCUCAAGUCUACUGUCGCUGCCAUCAUCUUCCCUAUCAUGAUCCUGGGUCUGAUGGUGGUGCGUAAGAUGAUGGACCUGAUGUUCUCUCAACAUGACUUGGCCUGGCUGGACGACAUCCUGCCGGAGAAAGACAAGAAGAAGGAGAAAGGGGGGAAGAAAAAGAAAGACAACAAAAAGACCAAAGCAGCAGCAGAGACGGAGAGCGACGAGGAGGAGAAGAACGUUUACUCUAGUGUGAAUCCUGAUAACAUUGAGCUGGACCGCAGGUACUGUGUGCUCAAACUGCACGUCCCCUACAGUGACCUGAUACAACCUGCCAUCACACACACCGACUGAGGAGUACAUGGCCAGCAGGACCACAACUACACACACACAACUACACACACACACACACACACACACACACACACACACACACACACACACACACACACACACACACACACACACACACACACACACACACACACACACACACACACACACACACACACACACACACACACACACACACACACACACACAAUGCUGAUACAUUUCACUUGAAGGCAUUCAGUUGUACAACUGACUAGGUAUCCCCCUUUCCCUUCUGUACAAUUACCGACACAUGCUAGGAACCAUUUAGCAAAGUUCCAUUCACUAUUAGCAUUCUUUAGCACUGUUGUCACCUAAACAUUUUAUACACAUUGAAUUUCAUAUAAAUAUAUACAAAUAUUCCAUAAACUGUAGAUAUGAUGUGCUAUUUAACAUGUAAACAUAUGUCUAUUAGAUUCAGUUGGAUAGUAGUUAUUGUAUUAUAAGUGUGUUAUGCAACACCUCUACUCGUAAACAUUGCAUAAAUCACUGUAGUGUCUGGUAGACAUACCCAGACACAUGGAUCACAUGCCAUUCUGAACCUUAAGUCUACUGUCCAAAGCUGUUGGAGCAUAAAUCGCAGUGUGUGGACUGAGUCUUCUCUUCGUUCAAAAUAUUCUCUGAGCUCCAGCACCUACUCAAACCACUGGAUGUUGUGUGUGUAAUGUUUUUCUCUGCUAUACUUUGGCCCUACUGUAGACGUGUUUGUGAGGGCAGACUGACAGUUGUUCAAAUACCACAGCGCAUGCACCUGAAAGCAAGGCAGAAGUAGUUUUUGUGUGUUUGUUUGUUUUGAUGAUGUCUUCCAUGUGUUAUUUAUUCACCGUGUGCUGUGUGGUUUGUGGCAGCAACCUCUGUUGUACUAAUGUAAAGACUCCUCUGAAGGCACAGUUGGCGAAGGAAGAGUUGUAAUGUUAUAGUAAUACAAUAUUAUUAUGAUUGAAAAAAAAAAGUAUUUCACCCCCUUUUUCUCCUCAAUUUCGUGAUAUCCAAUUACGAUCUUGUCUCAUCGCUGCAACUCCCCAACGGGCUUGGUAGAGGUGAAGGUCGAGUCAUGCGUUCUACGAAACAUGACCCGCCAAACCGCGCUUCUAAACACCCGCCCGUUAAACCCGGAAGCCAGCUGCACCAGUGUGUCGGAGGAAACACCGUUCAACUGACGACCGAGGCGCCCGGCCCGCCACAAGGAGUCACUAGAGCGCAAUGAGCCAAAUAAACCCCCCCCGGCCAAACCCUCCCCUAACCCGGACGAUGCUGGGCCAAUUGUGCACUUCUGUAUAGGACUCCUGUUCACAGUUGGUUGUCACACAGCCUGGAAUCAAACCUGGGUCUGUAGUGACGCCUCAAGCACUGCAAUGCAGUGCCUUAGACCACUGUGCCACUCGGUAGGCAGUAAUACAAUAUUAUAAUACAAUGUUAGUCUGACAUCUGAGGGGUGGUGGUUGUCAGGAGUUCAUUGGAGACACAAUUCAGACCUGAUCAUUUACAUAUUUUAUAUUUUGGAAUUAUAAGACUUCUCUGAUCUACAAUGGGACAGUCAUCCUCCCCCUUGUCAGUCCCAGCUGGUUUUGUCAGCCACUGCUCUCUCAAGACAAGUGAAUUCUGGACCCAUGUGUUUGUCUGGGACAAUCAAUGUUUGUCUGAGAAAUACAGAAAUAGGUAUUUGGUUACCGGUACAUAUAGGUCAUGAACCUGCUGCAGUACAGUAAGUCUAGUCUGUCUCACCUCACCCCCCUUCACCUCACCUCACCCCCCUUCACCUUACCUCACUUCAGCUCAUCUCACCCCUUUUCACCUCACCUCACCUCACCCCCCUUCACCUCACCUCACCUCACCUCACCCCCCUUCAUCUCACCUCACCUCACCCCCCUUCACCUCACCUCACCUCACCUCACCUCACCUCACCCCCUUCACCUCACCUCACCUCACCUCACCCCGUUUCACAUCACCUCGCCCUUCACCUCACCUCGCCCCCAACCCAAUCCGUUUACUUUUUGUCACAGUUCAAACUCACAUCCUCCUCCAAAUCUUUCUAACUACCCCAUAACGUUCUUCUCCCGCUCUGUGUGUGUGUGUGUCUGUGUGCACGCACGUGUUCGUGCAUGUGUGUCUGUUUUCCCCUUUGUAGUAAUGUGUGCUCUUGCUCGUGUCAGUUAACACAUUCUUGUCUGCAUUGUAGUUCAGGGAGUAUGGUUGAGAAGUGUGAAACUAUGUUUGUUUGUGCUCACGAGACUGAUUGCCUGUGCUCGUGACAGUGCAUGUGUGUGUGUAACCUGGGCUGUUCCACCUGACUGUUCCUCCCUCAGAAUUACUCUGCCCCCCCUCACCUGCCCACUCCCAGGUGAGCCUUACCCCCGGAUCAU